AUGGAGCUAUCUGCUAUAAGUCGUAACCCAUUAGGGGCUCCAGCCUCUCUGCUCUCGACCCUGAGAAGCUAUCAUCACAUCCAGGUCGAUAAGCAUUUUCACCGUCGAGAAAAGACCUCUGCGAUCCCUGCGUCCCUCGAGCCCAGCAUGUCGAUACCGCAGUCCAUAUGUGUCGGCAUCGAGUUGGAAUUUAUGGUUGCACUGCAGAUCCCAAACUCCGACGCUGUGACUGGUGAGACUCGAUGGACCUGUCCUACAACACCGGAGGCUUUUUUGGGCCUCGUGAUGGGAGACUACAAAGACAUCGAACCGUCUUGUAUUCAUAAGGUAUGCGAAUUGAUCGCCAGCAGCGGGGUCUCCGUCUCGUGUAGCCUCACACCUUCGCCAUCCAGCCCUGCCCAAAUCCCUGGCACUACAAUUCUUCCGCUCACAGAUAAUAGCGGAGACAUUCGAGCUUGGAAUAACAAGUCUGUUAGCGGACCAGUGUCUAAGACUGAUUUUUGGUUCAUUGUUCCGGAGCGUCACAUCACCAGAGACUGCGUUAGUAAGUCCGGAAUGACACCUUCAAGCAAGUACGACUGGUAUGGAACUGAACUCAACAGCCCUAUCCUCACUCGUCCUGAAGAGUUCAGUCAGGGGCUACCUACCCUCAGAAAGUGCCUUGCGGCAGUGCAGGGCGACAUGGUAGUUGGACUUAAUUCUGGUUGUGGACUACACCUCCACGUCAACGAAGACGGCAGCAUGCAGCUAGAGACUGCGCUGCGCCUUGCAUCUUUAGUCUGGCUGCUGGAAGAUUCUCUGCUGUACCCUCUGUGCCAUCCUUUCCGCUCGACUUCUCCUUACUCGGCGCGUAUCAGCGUUGAUUCUCGAAUCGCCAUGGAAAGGGGUGAACCAACAGUGUAUGGCGAGGGUGCGGCUCUUGUUGAAGCACUCGGAGAGGUCAUGCGACAGCUACACUGGCGCACGAAAGUCGACAGAGGUCUGCUGGGAGCUAUGAAACGCCUGUGGUCGGAAACCAGCUUGAUUAGCCUGGGCAUCGCCCUCCGAAAAUUCGACGAGGGAUCCCUUCACACAACUACCCGGUGUGCACUGGUUGUCUCUAAGUACGACACUAUCGAGUUCCGGUAUCCCGAGUCCACGUUUGAUGUCGACUUUAUCGCCGGCUGGGCUGACUUGGUGCGACACUUGUACGCGGUUGCGAUGAGGCCUCAGGUGGAAUUUCAUCAAAUCCUCUGUCGUGUAUAUGAACUUGUGACCCGUGACCAAAUGCCUGGAUGGUCAGCCAUGUUGGGGGCGAUUGGUUUCAAGGGCGAUGUCAGUCGCUGGCAGCGACAUAUCAAUGAGUACGGUGAUACUCUGAGGAACCUUGACAAGCAGGGUAUCCUUUCAAAUAUUGGGCAGUAA